AUGGAUAAAUGGUUAAUGAAAGGCCAAAACAAAGAAGAUAAUCCUAAGCUUGAACGUAAAAGGAAACCCGAAAAGGAAACAUCAGAGGCUUCAACUUCUAGUAUAGAAGUAGAAUAUGCUGUUCCCAUUCCCAGUUCCAGUUUGACUUCAGUGGGCUUGGCAACAAGUGAGUCAAAUAAUCCACAAACUAAAAAAAUAAAACGCCUGAAUAAAUUUAAUGAUUUAUGGCUUCAAGAACCAAACUUCUUGAGCUGGCUAUGCAAAGAUUCGAAAAUGAAAGAUGGAAAUGAUUUAGCACACUGUAUGCUUUGUUCGGUGUCGAUCAUAGCGCAUAAAAGUGAUCUGAUUCGACAUAUGAAUUCAGAUCGCCAUAAGAAAAAAUCAUUAGAAAUACAGAAUAUUCCAAAAAUUUCAAAUUAUUUGCCAGUGAUGGAUUUAGAAAUAAAUGUACGAAAAGCUGAACUAAAAUUAGCCGAAGCGUUGGCUGAAAAUAAUAUACCAAUAUCAUUUAGCGACAUCUUGGGCCCACUCUGCAAAGAGAUUUUCGCAGACUCAGUUAUAGCUAAAAAUAUGAAUUUACACAGAACCAAGGCGACGGCUAUAAUAAAUAAUGUUUUAGGAAACACAUUUUUAGAGGAUAUAUAUGAAAAAUUACGCGGAGAAAAAAUCUUCUUUUCAUUAAUAAUGGAUGAAACGACUGAUCAGAGCUCUUUAAAACAAUGCUGUUUUACUGCUGUUGUCUAUGAUGAGAACACCAAUAAGGUAGAGCAUUUGUUUCUGGAUAUGGUGGAAUUGUCAUCAGGAACUGCUAAGGGACUUAGAAGUUCACAAAGACAACUAAAAUUUAGAGAGUUUCAAGAAUUCUUUCAAGUGGAGAUUCACAAAAUUCUCACACCAGCUCAAACUCGAUGGCUCUCGCUGAAAGCGUGUAUAGACCGUGUCUUAGAGCAGUAUACUCCAUUAAAAGCCUACUUGACAGAAACAGUCUUCUCAGAUCCGUCGAAGACUACCGAAGAAAUGCUGAUUACAAUGAACAACCAAUUCACUGUGGUAUAUUUGGAGUUCAUGUUUUACGUACUUGCACUGGUAACAAAAUUCAAUGUCUUGUUUCAAUCAGAAACUUCCCUUCUUUACAAAUUGAAACCAGAAGUCGAAAACCUUUUGAAAACGUUGUCUUCUAAUUUCAUGAAAAUUAGCUAUAUCAAGUCCUGUGCUAAUAUUUUAAACGCAGACUUCAAAAACCCAACACAUUUUCUAAGUUUAAACGAAAUAUAUAUUGGAUUAAAGGCUGGAGAAAGUAUUGAAAUUUUAAAAAAUGACGAAAAUGUACCUCGUGCUGCUAUUGCAGGUUUCUAUAGAACCUGCCAGGAGUUUUAUAUUGAAUUGACGUCAGAUAUUACCAAGCGAUUUGAUUUUGGGGAUCCUCUAUUUUCUAUUAUAUCCGCUGUAAAUCCAUCAGAAGCUCAACAGUUUCUAAUUAAAUCACCUGUGCUGAAGCGAUUUCCAGUGCUUUAUAAGUUUGUGACCGCACAAAAAUUAGAUGACGAGUGGCGAACUCACGCUUUGUUAGAUUUUGAGCAACAUGGGCUUGAAAUUCAUGGAGAUAACAUCAAUGCCGAAAGUUACUGGGGUAAAGUAUUUCGCCUUAAAAAUGCUGCGGGAGAAUACAUGUUUCCAAACAUAAAAAUUGUUAUGUCUUUGUUGCUCAUAUUGCCAUUUUCAAACGCGUCGGUCGAAAGAAAAUUUAGUGCGCUUCGAUGUUUAAAAACAGAAAAUCGCAAUCGGCUAAAUACAGAAGAUCGUAAUGUAGGUGGUACACCUCGUUUUCUGGCUAGAAUUGGCGGUGACGAGGCCGACUUGCGUUCAAGGGAUACCUUCUCCGAGCAAUAUAAUAUAGUUGGAGCGACUCGACGGCGGAGGGACUGUACUGACGGCAGGUAUCGUGCCGCUAGCACGACCCCGUUCCCACGGCGCGGUGCAAUUAAACGCCGCGGCGGCCCUAUGCGCACUCUCGCCAUUGUGCACGGACAUUGCCUCUGA